AUGUCAGACAGCGACAUGUUCAAAUUACCCGCCGAUGGAAAGCCUUUAGCCAAAAGUUGGGAGACACACUUCAGUAGCGAGAGCAAUCGUCCCCCAUGCGUCCUCAAACAAGCCGCCGGUUACAUCAAGACACCCGGUCUGAUCUCCCUUGGCGGCGGCCUGCCCUCUAGCGAAUACUUUCCUAUCUCUGAGAUCGCCAUGCGUGUCCCUACGGCUCCAAACUUCUCCGAGAAGCAGCAUCUCCUCGACUCACCAGCUGGCGGCGCCCAGAUAGCUCGCAUUGGUAAAUACGACACCAGGGACGGUACCUCGGACUUCGACAUAUCUAUUGCCUUCAACUACGGCCAAGCAACAGGAUCCCCACAGAUGAUGCGCUGGGUUACAGAACACGUUGACCUUGUCUAUAACCCGCCUUAUGCAGAUUGGGGAGUUUGCCUGACCACUGGAAGUACAGCAGCUCUGGAGCAGACCGUUCGUAUGCUCUGCGACCGGUUCAGGAAUGAUUCCAUCCUUACUGAGGACUACACCUUUGCGACAGCGAUGGAGACCUUUGUUCCACAGGGCAUAAAGGUCUUUGGGAUCAAUAUGGACGAUCAGGGACUGUUGCCCGGUCAUAUGGAUCACAUUCUGGAGACUUGGGAUGAAGGGGAUCGAGGCGCUCGGAAGCCCCAUCUCCUUUAUACCGUGCCUUCGGGACAGAACCCUACUGGCGCGACUCAGAGCCUCGAGCGUCGACGUGAGAUUUACAGAGUUUGCCAGAAACACGACAUAUUUAUCAUCGAAGACGAGCCUUACUACUUCAUCCAAAUGAAGCCCUACACGGGACGAGGGACUGAAGUCGUGGGGGAUGACACUGUCGACGAGUUUCUCACUACACUUGUCCCAACAUAUCUCAGCAUGGACGUAGAUGGCCGAGUCCUUAGAAUGGACUCCUUCUCCAAAGUCCUAGUCCCCGGUUCGAGAAUGGGUUGGAUAACUGCUAGCAAGGAGGUAAUCCAUAAGUAUCUCUGUCAUGCUGAAGUUGCAAAUCAGGGGGCUAGCGGUAUAUCACAGCUAAUCAUCUGGAAACUGGUGGACGAGACAUGGGGUCACGAGGGUUAUCUCAAAUGGCUCAUUGAUCUGAGGACGAGCUAUACUAGACGGCGCAAUGCCUUACUUGCAGCUUGCGAGGACUACCUGCCCAUGGAUAUUGCAUCAUGGGUCCCGCCAGCUUCUGGCAUGUUUCUAUGGUUGAAACUUGAUCAUACAAAACACCCAGAUUACCAGCGCCGAAGUCUGGAGGAAAUUGAAGUGGAAAUCUUCCAGAACAGCAUUGACCAGGGAGUUCUCUUUGCUCGUGGCUCGUGGUUCCGAGCCGAGCCGCAUAAGGAGCUGAAGGAGUUGUUUCUACGUGUCACCUUUGCAAGCGCGGCUGAGGAGGAUAUGUGUACGGCAGUUCAACGCCUCAGCGCGGCAAUCAAGAAGUCUUUUCAAAUAGAAUUAUAG